AUGGAUACAAUCCCGUCUCAAAAAGACAAAAGAAACCCUCAUACAUCUAGCCAGCGAUUAGCCAUGGUAACAACGAAGAAGCUCAAGACAGAAGAAGGUGCACAAGAGAUGGUCGAGGACGAAGAAGACGAGUCUUAUGGUGGGGAGGAAGGAGGAGACGAAGAUCACUCGGACGACGAAGACGAUGGGUCGGAUGAAGACGACGACUCUGAAGAAGAAGAUGAGGAGGAGUUGGAGAUGAUGCAGAAUUUGAUGGCGACCAUCAAGGAGACACGAGAAGAGAAUAAGCGGCUGACGGAAACUCUGAUGCAAAGGGUGGCACAGGAGAAACAAACCAAGGAAGGAGCAGCGGCUGCAGCAGCAGCUGCAGCAGCAGUGCCGUCGCAGAACAAACAUCAAGCCAUGUUUGGUAAAAUCAUGGCACUCUCUUCUGCAGCGGCACCACCAGCAGCCGAGACAACAGCAGCAGCAACCGAGCCAGAAGAUUCCAAACUUCCAGGGGACAAGUAG